AUGAACUUUUCCCCACAAUUAGGAUUUCUAGCUGAAAAGUUUUAAGAAAAAUAAUAAAACAAUAGGAUCACAAAAAGUGAUUUAGAAUAAAUACUAGAAACUGCUAAUUAUUGUUAAUCUGAUAUUUAAUCUUUAAUCUAAUAAUUUAAUGAGGAUGAAAUAAGUAAAAGUAAUUUGUUAUAUAGCCUAUAAUUAGUUUUUGUCGAUUGUGGGAGUAUCUGAAAAUAGUCAAAAUAUAUAAACCUAUUAAUAAAAUAAUGGUUAUGAGAUGGUUUCUGAAAAAUAAUAAAAGUUGACAUCUGAAUAACUUCAAAGUAUUUAUGAUGAUUAUAAAAUUGCAUUAAAAAAUUAAGAUUUCGAAAAAACUAAGUCAAUUUUAAGUAUUUGAUAUUAUAUAAAUAUAAGAUUAGUAUAGAGAUAUUGAUUUAGUUAAUAAAAUAGAUCCAUCUUAAAGAUAAAUCUCAACAUACAUAGUUGUUUAGGGUCCUGAUGAUAAUAUAGCAUUGUAAACAUUAGAAUUGUUGUUUGAUUUUGGAGCCAACUUAAAUUACAAAGAUUAAUUAGGUCAAUCGAUUUUAUUUUAUAUAUGCAGAGAUGGAAGAUUAAGACUUCUUGAUUAUGUAUUGUCAACCAAUACUGUAAAUGUCAAUGAUUAAGAUAGAUAUGGAUAAACACCAUUGUUUUAUGCUGCUAGAGAUAAUAGAUAUGAUAUUGUCAUUAGGUAUUAUAAUAAUUGUCUAUAUUUUAGAUUAAUACAAUAUGGAAUAGAUAUUAACAUUGUUGAUAAACUCUCUAGUUAAACAGCCUUAUUCUAUGCAGCCAAUGGAGGACAUGUUGAAAUAUGUAAAGUAUUAAUAGAAGUAUAACAAUAAUAAUUAAUUAUAGAAUGGAUGUAAUCCAGGUUAAGUUGAUUCAUCUAAGAAAAAUGCUUUAUUUUUUGCUAGAAAAUACAAUAGAAAGGAAGUGAUAGAUCUAUUUAAUAAUUACUUUAAUAAAAAUAAAGAUGAUAUGUCUAAAAAUAGUGGAGGAAAUGAUAAUAGUAAAGGAGAAGCACCAAGAUCAUAAUAAUAAUAAUAAUAAUAAUAAUAAUAAUAAUAAUAAUAAUAAUAAUAAAAGAGGAAAUUUAAAGACAUUCCUAAAUAAUCAUAUAAAUUAAUAUUUACAGAUAAUUAAGGAAAUUAAAGAGAAUUAAAUUCUAUUGAGUUUUAAAAGUUUCAAUAAGAAUAUCCAGAAGUUGCUAAUCUAAUAGUUAAUGCUGAUGAAUUGAUUGAUGAUACUAUCAUUAAUUAGAUUAAGGAUGAUGAUACAUGGGAGAAGAUUGCUAAAAAAGUAUUAGGUAUUAAUAAUAAUCAUUUUAUUAGGAAUUAUUUGGAAAGCAAAAGGUGCUCAUUUUUUCCAUCAACCUGUUGAUUAAAAGAAGUAUGGUAUCAGUGAUUACUUUGAAAUAGUUACAAAACCAAUGGAUUUUGGAACUAUUAAAGUACUAAUGUAUUAUAAAAUAGAAUAAAUUAAAUUCAAAUGUGUAUAGUUCUUGCUAAGAAUUUUAUGAU